AUUUUCAGAGUGUAUCACUAUUGAAAUGCUAUUCACAGCAAAGCUUUAGAGGAGCAGAAAUGCAUAAAAGCAGCUGGAAAAGUAGAAGACACGGAAGAAGGAGCCAGCGGCAGAAUCCUAGGCUCAGACAACAUGGUUCUGACGAGAGGUGUAGCACACGGGCUCAGCAGAGCCCACAGGAUUAUGUCCACAUCCACAACCACAACGAUGGGGAGGUCCCGUCGACUUCAUCCAACACAGCUGGGAGUUCCUCUGUGCCAGAUCUACCAGGGUAUUACUUUGACCCUGAAAAGAAUCGGUACUUCCGCUUGCUGCCUGGACAUAACAACUGCAACCCACUCACAAAGGAGGGCAUCCAGCAGAAGGAAAUGGAGCACAAAAGGCUGCAGCUGCUAGAGGAAGAGAACAAGCAGAAAAAGAAAAUAACCAGGAUGGGAUUGAAUGCAUCUUCCUUGCUACAAAAAAGCAAGCUGGGUUUUCUCAAUGCCACCACUUACUGCCGUUUAGCCCAUGAGCUGCGAGUGAGCUGCAUGCAGAGGAAAAAAGUUCAGAUUCAUAGCUCGGAUCCCUCUGCUUUGGCAAGCGACCGAUUUAACUUCAUACUGGCGGAUACCAACAGUGACCGGCUCUUCACAGUGAAUGAUGUUAAAGUUGGAGGCUCCAAGUACGGCAUCAUCAGCCUGCACGGUCUGCAGACCCCCACACUCAGGGUGCAUAUGCACGAGAACCUCUACUUCACCUACCGGAAGGUGAACUCUGUGUGCUGGGCCUCGCUGAAUCACCUGGAUUCUCACAUUCUGCUUUGCCUCAUGGGAAUAGCGGAGACGCCAGGCUGUGCCACCCUGCUCCCAGCGUCACUGUUCGUCAAUAGUCAUCCAGCAGGAGACCGACCUGGCAUGCUCUGCAGUUUCCGGAUCCCUGGGGCCUGGUCCUGUGCGUGGUCCUCGAACAUCCAGGCAAAUAACUGCUUCAGUACAGGCUUGUCUCGGUGGGUCCUGGUGACCAAUGUGGUGACGGGACACCGGCAGUCAUUUGGGACCAGCAGUGACGUCUUGGCCCAGCAGUUUGCUGUCAUGACUCCUUUGCUGUUUAAUGGCUGUCGCUCUGGGGAGAUCUUUGCCAUUGAUAUUCGUUGUCGAAAUCAGGGCAAGAACUGGAAGGCCACCCGCCUGUUCCACGACUCAGCAGUGACCUCUGUGCAAAUCCUCCAAGAAGAGCAGUACCUGAUGGCCUCUGACAUGGCUGGAACGAUCAAGCUGUGGGACCUGAGGACCACUAAGUGUAUCAGGCAGUAUGAAGGUCACGUGAACGAGUACGCCCUCCUGCCCCUGCACGUGCAUGAAGAAGAAGGAAUCGUGGUGGCCGUGGGCCAGGACUGCUACACGAGAAUCUGGAGCCUCCACGAUACCCACCUGCUCAGAACCAUACCCUCCCCACACCCCACCUCCAAGACCAACAUUCCCAGUGUGGCCUUCUCUUCUCGGUUUGGAGGCAUCCAGGGAGCGCCGGGGCUGCUCAUGGCUGUCCAGCAGGACCUUUACUAUUUCCCCUACAGCUAAUUCUGCAGGGAGCAGCCCGGAGGAAGGUGGAUUUGACUGAAGGGAGUGAAGAGUAGCCAUACCUCUGCCAUAAUUGCUGUUUCCAAUGAAGGCAUUUUAAAUGGAUGCUCUGUGUAUACAGAUGUCAUCCACCCAGCUGCUGGAGAGAAAGAAGGUGCUGUUUUAUGUGGAGACACUUUAGUAAAGUUAUUUCAGUUAAGUUGUGGGCUCAGAGUGCUUCAAAGUCCUUUUCAUAAAAGGUACCUAUUUCCUUUUGUUAAAUUCCUUAGAAUAGUCCCUUCUCCCCUUUUAUAAAACAAAAAAUACUUUUUAUAAUUGCUGAAGAUGGACAAUAACUAAAUUAAAGCUUCUUUCACCAAAAGCCUCUUCAAGAAGCCUAAUGAUGAGACUGGGCGAGACUGUUAGGGUAGUCAGUGCCUGGGUCCCAGGAAGUCAUGCAUCUCUGUACCUGAGGAGGCCAGCUGGAGAGAAGGGAAAGAGGGAAGUCAUUCCUCUGAGUUUCUAGGGAAAGAUUUAAGGCUGAGUUUGGAGUCAUCUAACUGGCCUUCUUACAUUCAAUAUCAGGAGCAAAUGUUCUGGAUUCUCAUCGUUCAUAGGCAUUGGAUAGAAAGAUGGAUCGUUUCAGAAGCUAGAGGUUCUAAGCCGGCCAUGGCACACCUUUGGUUGAGGCACCCUCCAGGAUGGUAGGUACAGCAGCUCCUGCUUCUAUCAUGGUGAUUGGAAUGUUAGAUUCAAGGGCCACAUCUCAAGGAAAAUGGACUGUGACUUCACAGUCUAAGAGAAGCAAUCUGUGAGAUGUUUAUACCAAGUGUUAAAGAGCUUGUCUUUCUACCAGACAAUAAACCAGAAAGAACCAUGGUAUGAUGCAUUGACUUUAAUGAUUUAGACCACGGUGCUUGGCUGCUGUAGGAACAAACCAGCUGCAGUAAUGUCUACUUAAAUCUUGGGUGAGGAAAAAAGAAUGGUAGAGACUGGGACCAGCCUUAAUAGCUUUGCUGGGGAGCUUCCGUUUGCCCCUCCAGACCCACCUGUGUGCCCUUUACACCUGCUCUGUGUUCCCCAAGUUGACCUCUGGACUACCUCAGUGGCUCCCUAGCCCUGGUGGGCACAGCCAGUGGGACCUACCAGUAGGAAUGCAGAGGGCAGGAGAGUGAAGUGGGAUUGUUAGUCCCAGGCUCCCCUCCUGCUGGGCUGUGGGGGACUGUGGCUGUGUUCCGCCACCCAAGGCUACAGCUUGCCUUGGAACACAGCUCUCUCUGGGUUCCAGUACCUUCUAUCUGUCCCUUCAGACCUACAGCUGGUAACUGUACCUCAGUGUUGCUAGCCCAGAAUGCUUCACCAGUUAAACUCUCUUCAGUUACCCCCUUGAGUGUUACAUCUGUUUCCUGCCAGAACUCAAACUGAUUCAACUUAAUGUACAGAGAACCAAAUAAAUUUUAAAAAGAUGAGAA